GUGCUUCAACUUAUAUAAGAAGUUGAACACCCACAACUCUCUUUCAACUUUCCAGCCCUUCCCCUUCAGGUGAUUCUAGUUAAAAGAUGGAGGAUCACUGCAGUCCUUUAAGCUUGGCCUAUUUCUACCAAGAUGAGGAGAUUGAAGAGCUGAGACAUUGUCUCUUGUACAUAACCGAGCUAGAGGCAACUACUUUUUCAGCCAAGGAAGAGAUCACAAGAAGAGAAUUAGAGAUACUCCAUAUCAAUGAUCUUUUAAACAGGACUAUCGAAGAAAGAAAUGAAGCACAAGAAGAAUGCCAAAAGCUUAUGCUUGAAAAACUUGCUCUCCAACAACAACUAGGGCUAAAGAAUCAGCAGGAGCCUCAUAAUCUGCAGAAUCAGCAGUUGCAGCAGCAGCUACUGCUGCAAGAAGAAAUGCAAACUCUCAAUCAAGAAGCCCCUCCUCCACUCUCUGGAUCUUCUAGCAGUGAAGAUGAUGAAUCCAACAAUCACAUACCCUCACAGUUUAGUGACUCAAUUCUUCAGCAGCCAAAAUUGAUACUAAAGUUAGCAGCUGAUAGGCCAUUGCCUAAGAAAGGGAAGCUUCUGCAGGCUGUGAAAGAAGCUGGCCCUCUUCUGCAGAACCUUCUACUGGCUGGACCUCUCCCUCAAUGGCAGCACCCACCUCCACAACUAGACUCCAUUGAUAUCCCACCUGUCAUCAUUUCUUCUCCGACGGCUCGACUAAUUCACUACGACUCUUUCAACAAUUUGAAUGCUUGUUUCAGCAAGAAGAGGAGUCUGGACCUCUCUGAAUCACUUCCUGAUUCUUCUUCUUCAUCUCCUAACAACAAGCAUCAGAAGCUUGCUCUCCAUUGAUCAGAACUUUUUAUUUAGUAUUUAGACAGUUCUUUAGUAUAAAUAGAUCAAUGACCAUCCUUUUCAUUCUGAUACAUAUUGAUAAGGUAAUCAGAAUGGCAAGGAUGGCAAUCUAUCAUGUACCAGUCUGAAAAUUUUACUCUAUUUUUCCCUUAGAAUGGAAAUUUCUAACUUUUCUAGCC